CCUAGUCCGACUUGGUGCAGUUGAGAUACUUGAAAACGCUAAGAAGGUGUGCACAUCGUGGCGACGCAUCUGUAAAGACCCUUCGAUGUGGCAAAAAAUCGACUUGCGAGAGCUGGGAAGCCGCGGAUUGGACGAUUUGGCUUUGGAUAGAUUGUGCCGUCACGCUGUUGAUCUCAGCCAGGGCGGCUUGCUUGAGAUCGACAUUGAGCACUUUGCGACCGAUUCUCUCCUCACCUACAUCGCCGAGAGAUCAAGUAAUCUGAAAAGUCUUGGACUUCGAGUAUACCAGGGAUAUGUGACGAACAAAGUACUUGUGGACGCAAUCGCAAAAUUUCCAUUGCUUGAAACCUUCGAGGUCUCACACUCAUCGCUUAAACUGAAUCUGAAAGCUAUAGGACAGGCUUGCCCGCAGCUAAAGACAUUGAAGCUAAACUCCUCAGGGUCAGGGUUUUGUGGGUUAGAUGAGUUAGGUUACAGGUCCGUUCGCGUCAAGUGUGAUGAUGAGUAUGCCCUAGCAAUCGCUGAAAGCAUGCCCAAACUACGCCACCUCCAGCUUCUUGGGGACAGGUUAACUGACACUGGCUUGAACGCCAUUCUUGACGGCUGUCCUAACCUGGAACACCUCGAUUUACGCAAGUGUUUCAACAUUAAACUUGCCGGAAAUCUUGAGAAGAAGUGUUUGGAGAGGAUCAAAGAGUUCAGAAGCCCGAAUGACCCAACUGUUGAUUACCCAUUCGAUAUCGUUUUUGUCAAUUCUGAUUCAGAUGAAGACUAUUCAGAUGAGGAGGGGAACAUUGACGCCUACUACGACUUAGCAGGCACCUAUAUAGGUAUUGAAUCUCUCUGA